GAAGUCCAAUUAAGCGUGAGGAUGUUAUAAUUAGCUGUCAAAACUCAAAAAGCGAGUAUGCAAUGGAGCAAAGAUUGGAUUAAAAUCCAGGUCCACAUCAAAGCCCACGUUUUCCACAGUGCUUUCCUUUGAUAGGGCUGCUGUAACAAAAUGCCACAAAUCAGGCUUAAACAACAGAAAUUUAUUGUCUCAGGUCUGGAGGCUUGAGGUCCAGGAUCAAGGUGCCAGUCGGUGCCGGUUCCUGCUGAGAUCUGUGACAGGGAAUCUGUGCCAUGUCUCUCUCGCGCGCGCGCCUUCUGCUGGUUUGCCAGCAACUCCCGACUGGCAGAGGUCGUUUUCUAACUCAUUUCCUUCACAAAUAGUGACAAACUUGUCUAGUUACUUUGAAGUCGCCACACUAUCCGGCGGGGACAGCUCACGCUAACCAACAGGUCUGUUUAGCUCACAGAACCGCUUCACACAAGCGCCUCCCCGCGCCUCAGACCGCGAGCGCGCGGGAGACGCCUGACGUCAACGCGCCGCGAACGCAAAGCCUCGGGCGCGUCGAUUGGCUAGAGCGGCCAGGGCCGAGGGCAAGACGUAAGUGGACGCUCACUAGGACCCUAGUCAGCGAGUGCCCUCCGUCAGGCCGUUCCGCAGUCGAGGAGCGUCACCUCAGCUGUGUACCGAAGGCACCGAGAGCACCCGCGCGGCGGCCUGGGGAAGGUUCCGCAGCCCAGAACCGUGGGAGGAGACGCCUGGAGAUCUGGAGUGGCACCACCGCGCGACCGUGACGUAGGUCGCGAGCCGGCGCACCAUUGGCCGGCGGGAAUGUGGCGCGCCCUGGCGCCGGCGCGGGCAAUUGGCCGCGCGGCCUCGGGGGCCGGGGCUCGGGCCGGAGGCGGGGCCCGUGCCUUGGGGCGGAGUCUGAAGGAGACUCGCCCGGCGGCGCAGCCUACAGUGGACGGCUCGUGUCUCAGGUUCCCGGGGCGGCACGGAGGCUGGGCGGCGAUGCCGGAGGUGAGCAUGGACGACCUGGACGAGCGGCAGGUGCAGCUCAUGGCGGAGAUGUGCAUCCUCAUCGACGAGAACGACCGGAGGAUCGGGGCAGAGACCAAGAAGAACUGCCACCUGAACGAGAACAUCGAGAGAGGGCUGUUGCACCGAGCUUUCAGUGUCUUCUUGUUCAACACCGAGAACAAGCUGCUGCUGCAGCAGAGGUCAGACGCUAAGAUUACCUUCCCAGGGUGUUUUACUAAUACUUGCUGUAGUCACCCGUUAAGCAACCCAAGUGAGCUGGAAGAAAAGGAUGCUAUUGGAGUAAGAAGAGCAGCACAGAGGCGCUUAAAGGCCGAACUCGGAAUUCCCAUGGAAGAGGUUCCUCCAGAGGAAAUUAAUUAUCUAACACGAAUUCACUACAAGGCUCAAUCUGAUAGUAUCUGGGGAGAACAUGAAAUUGACUACAUUUUGUUGGUGAAAAAGAAUGUGACCUUGAAUCCAGACCCCAAUGAGAUUAAAAGCUAUUGCUACGUAACAAAGGAAGAAUUAGAAGAACUUCUAGGAAAGGCGGCCCGUGGUGAAAUUAAGAUAACCCCAUGGUUUCGAAUUAUUGCAGAUACUUUUCUCUUUAAGUGGUGGGAUAACUUAAAUCGUUUGAAUCUGUUUGUUGACCAUGAGAAAAUACACAGGAUAUAAAAGUGGAGAUGAAUGGUUACUAAAGUACUGAAGAAUUUCUCUAGUUAGUAAACUUAAAAUGAACUUUAAAAAAAUCUGGUUCCCCACUGGAACUCUCCUUGGAAAUACUGAUACUUUACAACCUGAAUUUGUAUAGAUAAGAAUUCUUGAUUUUAUGUCAUACACCCCAUAUAUAUGUGCAAUUUGUAAAAAAAAAAAAUUUGAGAGAUUAUUAUACAAAGAGCAAAAUAAACUUAACCUGUCUAAACAAAUGGUUAUGACACAUUUAAACAAACAAGUGGUGUUCAUUUUUUAUAUAUUGUGAUAAACGUUUUCAGAAGACUUAUAUACACUUUACUAUCUGCCAGGUGCUUGAGAUAUCUUUUAACUUUUAUCAUGGCCCAGAAAAACGUGCAAUGGAAGCUAUUUGCUUAUCUACUUCAAAACAUUGCAGUUUAACUUUCCAUGUUAAGAGAUAAAAUAUAGUAGAGCAGUUCAAGGAAUUAAAUGACAUGAUUUUUGUCAUUGAAAGUUAAUUUUGUGGUUUAAUCAUUCUGGAAGUAUUUUUGAUACUUAAAAGUCUAACUGAUUUUGGUAGGGACAUUGGCUAGGUGAAGUUAUUUAAAUAGUCCAUGCCAAUUAGUAAAGUCUGGUUUUCUGAAUUACUAGGAACACAGAUUAUUUGUAAAAUGGAACUUGGGUCAGUUGAGUCAUACUCAACAACAGGGUCUUUUAACUGGCACUACAGUUUAGGCUGGAUAAUUCUUUUUGAAGGUUCAUCCUUUGCCUUGUAUGGCAGCAUCCUUAGGUUCUACCCAAAUAAUGCCUUUGGCACCCCUCCCCCCAUGGCAGCCCCAGUGACACCAUAUGCUAAAUGUCUUCUGGAGGACUUGUCUGCAGCCAGGCCAUGUUGUAGGAAAAUUAAUAAAAACAGGUUAAUAUUCAUGUUAAAUAGAUUUGGGUUAUGGAAUAUGUAUGUAUUAUUAUUUGAACUGUACCUUGACUAAUAGUUAUUAAACUCUUGCCAUGGAUUUUUCACAUUUGAGACCUUAAGACUGCUUUAUUAUCCUUGAAUGCUAUUAAUUUCAGGCAAAACUGUAGCAAAUGUUAACUUUAUCUAACAAAAAUAAAGAUAAAUUACCACA